AUGCAAAACAUCUUCCACAAGGUCGAAAGCGGCAUCGACGGCCUGUUUCAUGGCGGCGAGCACCACUCGCACACACACCAUGGCUACGACUGUGCCGAGUCGCACUCGGACGAGCAUAACGGCAACCGCUUCCAGUCCUUUGCGCCGCAGACCACGGGUCGCGCCAAGUGGUACGUCGAUGGCUGCUCGUACUUUUGGGCCGUGUCCGAGGCUCUCGCGCAGGCCCGCGAGACCAUCUACAUUCUCGAUUGGUGGUUGAGCCCCGAGCUAUACCUACGCCGCCCGCCGUCGAGCAACGAGCAGUACCGCCUCGACCGGAUGCUCAAAGCGGCUGCCGAGCGCGGUGUGCAAAUCCGUGUCAUUGUGUACAAGGAGGUGCCGCAGGCCCUGACGUUGAACUCAGAGCACACCAAGCAUGCCCUCGAAGCCCUGCAUCCCAACAUUCGCGUCUUCCGGCACCCGGACCAUCUACCGAGCGGCCACGACUUUCAGGCCGAUUUUGAGUCUGCUUUCAAGAACAUGAACCUGCGUACUUUCGACCUUAGUAAGCUUGGAAAAGACGCGCUCAAGACGCUCUACGGCACCUCCGACGACGUGGUCCUGUACUGGGCGCACCACGAGAAGCUGUGCGUCAUCGAUGGCCACAUUGCCUUUAUGGGCGGCCUUGAUUUGUGUUUUGGACGCUGGGACACCAAUAGUCACCCCAUUGCCGAUGCCCACCCCGAGAACUUGGACGAUAUCCUCUUCCCGGGCCAGGACUACAACAAUGCACGCGUCUACGAUUUUGAGGACGUCGACAAAUGGGAGAAUAACAAACUCGACCGUACGAAGAGUUCCCGUAUGGGCUGGUCCGACAUCAGCAUCAGUCUAUCUGGUCACAUCGUAAACAGCCUCGUCACACACUUCAUCGACAGAUGGAACUACAUCUUCAACGGCAAGUACGUCUCUCGCAACGAGGGCUAUGAGAAAAUACCGUUUCCGUUGAAGUUACACCAUGUUCCCGACAGCCUGCGUGACACAGGCGAGUCCAUCUAUGCAGGCGGUCAGCGCUUUGUUGGCGGCAUCCAGCGUCAUUUGCACCAUGGCAUGAGCCGUAUGUUAGGCGAGAGCGACGGUGAAGAAGGUGGUGAAGAGCGGUCCCGGGACGGUAGCCAUCACCAAAGUUACGGCCAGGGCCAUGGUCCGGCUUUCGGCAGUGGUGACCUGGGCGGUGUGCACAUCCAGCUCACUCGCAGCUGCUGCCAGUGGUCUGCGGGCCACAAGAUCGAGCACUCCAUUGCCAAUGCCUACAUAUCCGCCAUCCUGAACGCCGAGCACUUUGUCUACAUUGAGAACCAGUUCUUCAUUACCGCCACCAGCGACGACCAGCACCCCGUCAGCAACAAGAUCGGCCGCGCCAUUGUCCAACGCAUCGUGCGCGCGCACGAACAGGGUGACAAAUUUGGCAUGGUUGUCUGCAUCCCUGCCGUGCCCGGCUUUGCCGGCGACUUGCACGCCGACGGCGCUCUCGGCACGCGUGCUAUUAUGGAGUACCAAUACAACAGCAUCAACCGUGGUAAGAACAGCAUCUACGGCGCACUGAUCGCCGCUGGCGUCUCCGAUCCUGCACACUACCUGCGCUUCUACAACCUGCGCAACUACGAUCGUAUCAAUACUACGCCGCUCAUGGGCCGUGCCGAAAAGGCCAGUGGCGUCGCAUACGAGGACGCGCGCCGCGAGUUUGACGAUGCCGUCGAAUCUGGGUACGACGGCUACAGCCGCGAAGGGGGCAAGGUCCACAGCGAGCUUGGUGACAGCUACCGUCGCUACCAGGCCGGUGCUGCCGACAUCACUCGCGAUCAGCCGGACCUGCUCAAGACCGCGGACACCGUCUCGGCCUCGUACAUGGACGGUGGCCCAGAUCUGACAAAGCGGGGAUGGAUGGGCGAGGGCGCGCCGGGCCUCACUGGGGACGGCGGUGAUGCUGAGCUUGCGGCGUUCGUAAGCGAGGAGCUGUACAUCCACACCAAGGUGCUCAUCGCCGACGACCGUCUCGUCAUCUGCGGCAGCGCCAAUCUCAAUGACCGCUCGCAACUCGGCUCGCACGACUCGGAAAUCGCCGUCGUCAUCGAAGACCCAGAGCACCCCGUCCACACCACCAUGGGCGGCAACCCGUAUGUCGUGGGUGCCUUCCCGGCCAGCCUGCGCCGCCAUCUGUUCCGCAAGCACAUUGGCCUGCUGCCUGACCAGCGCUGGGACCAGCCCACGCAGAACUUCUCGCCCAUUACCGUGGCGCCAAACGCGUAUGACUGGGACAGCCCGGCCGACCGACUGGUAUCGGACCCUCUGAGCGCCAACUUUACGCGUCUCUGGCAGACGACUGCCGCCACCAACACCGCCGUCUUUGACGACGUCUUCCACUGCGUGCCCUCGGACCGCGUCCGCAACUGGGACCAGUACGACUCGUAUUUUUCACAGUACUUUAAGAUGCCCGGUGCGAAAGAGGAUGAGAGCGCCAAGCGCAAGAACAAAGACAAGAAGGAACAGGACAAAGCAGUGGCCGCGUUGCAUCCAUCCCAAGAUGGGCACGAUGCUCCGAACACCCCAUCACCGUCCACACCGCCGACCAAGGUCGACUACGGCCAUGUCGUUCCCAGCUAUCCUGGCGGUGUCGUCGCUGUUAAGGAGCGCCUGGCCGAGGUGCGCGGCAACCUGGUUGAGAUGCCGCUCAACUUCUUGAUCGAGGUCAAGGACCUGGCCAAGGAGGGUCUCACGCUCAACUCGCUGACGGAUGAGCUCUACACAUAG